UCUUGUAAAUUGGGGGCUUUCUACAGUCCCGGGUUUCUCUUUCCAGAGACUGCAAUGGCGGAUUACGAUACCUAUGAUGAUCGAGACCGGGCCUAUAGCAGCUUCGGUGGCAGCCGUGGGAGAUCUCGAGGUGGUGGCAGUGGUCCUGGAGGUCCUCGUAAGCAGAAAGAAUUGCCUUCAGAUCCCCCUUACACAGCUUAUGUAGGAAAUUUACCAUUUAACACUGUUCAAGGAGAUAUAGACACUAUCUUUAAAGAGCUUAAUGUACGGAGUGUCCGGCUAGUCAGAGACAAAGAAACAGACAAAUUUAAAGGCUUUUGUUAUGUAGAAUUUGAUGACUUGGAGUCCCUGAAAGAAGCCUUGACUUAUGACGGAGCACUUCUUGGUGAUCGGACACUCCGGGUAGAUAUAGCCGAAGGUAGAAAACAAGAAAAAGGCGGCUUUGGGUUUAGAAAAGGCGGGCCAGAAGACCGAGGACCUGGUGGCUCCCGCGGCCCUAGAGGAGGUGGAAAGGAAGAUGACUAUGACAACUUUGGAGGUGGUUCUCGAGGCCCUAGAGGAGGAGGAGGAGGAGGAGGAGGAGGAAGGGAAGAUGACUUUGAUGGCCCAGGAGGUUUCCGAGAUGACGAUGGCUUUUUAGGAGGUAGGAGUCGAGCUGGAGGUGGCCGCCCUGGUGGGGACAGGCUAGGAGACAGACGAGGAGGCGGAGGAGGAGGUGGUGGUGGUGGUGGUGGUGGAGCUGGAAUGGGACGUUUUAGAGAUGGACCUCCACCUCGUGGGCCUUCAAGCGACUUCAGAGAACCAUCAGAAGAGGAAAGAGCACAGAGACCCAGACUUCAGCUUAAACCUCGCACAGUUGGCACACCUCUUAACCAAGUAGCCAACCCACAUUCUGCCAUAUUUGGAGGUGCCAGACCUAGGGAGGAAGUAGUUGGCAAAGAAAAAGACUGAGCCUGUGCAAAAUGGUACCACCAGUCACUCACUCGAUGUUCGUACUGCGGUUACCAUUCCUGCCACUUGACCGUUUGUUUUUCCUUCUUUAAAACUCAGAAACAAAAGAACACGUGAAAUGCAUGUCGGCUGUUAACAAGUGGUUUUUAAUGCAACUUCAUCUUCUCUUUAUCUAGUGCUUCCCAUAUACCAUGGUUUUUCAUCACAGACCAUAAGUAAGAAAACUGUUAACUGCUUUGACCAGAGUAGAAUCUGUUUUGAACAAUGGUGCUGCUCACUCCGGCAAUACAUAUUCUUGCAUUGUUUUUCGUUUUCCUUGGUUGAACUUUAUAUAUCAUAUCUCUAGUUUUUAUUUAUCAUAUGCUUCAUCUGGUAUUGCUUUGGGCCUGAAAGAGAGACAGAUUCACAAUCUUCUGGAAUGAAUCAAAGUGUUCUGUGUUUAGCAUCUGUUUCUGAUGAUGACUGCCUCUAAUAGCACUCUUUUUUUUUUGUCAUUUUAAGUAUGAGCUAAGUUAGCCUUAAAACACUGUUCUUUGCAGUCUUUGAAGUGACUCAUGCUUGUCAGUGACAUCUUUUAUAUGUGGUGGAAGAUUUUUGACCCUAAAAAGAACUUUCAUGAAAUAAUAUUGUGUGCAGAAGCGAAAUGUAAUAUGGACACUGCAUAAAUUUCUUGUGUAUAGUAUGUGGCAGCUUUUGAAUGGAAAGUACACAAGGGAAAGCCGUGAAGCUGCAUGUGGCAUUUUUCUCUCUGCAUGUACAGCGUAUGAGAUUCCCAAGGUGUUGCAAGCUGUGACUGUAUCCCAUCAUUUGGUGCUCAUGUUCAUUUGUGAUGCAAGAUCAAGAAUGUGGUUUACUUCAAAAGUAGUCUGUGAGCCACUUGGGGGGAUCAUUAUGUUGCUUCAUUUUGCCAUGUUAAUGUUUGUCUGAAAUUCACUUUCCAUUUUUAUUUUUUGCAAUGUAACUUUUUCUGCCCAUUUUGAUCAGUUUUAGGUGACAUAUUCAUUGUUCACUUUAUAGUUGGCUGUAAGCAGUUUCCUGCAUAUUUGAGUGUAGGUUCCUUGCUCUGUCCUUUUUUUGACCUUAGUUUUGCAUAUUUCUGUUAUGUUUUCUGUCCUCUUAUGAUACUGUAGCAGUUGUGCAAGGGCUAUGUAUUUGAUUCUGCAAUGGUCUGGCUUCUUCCCGCUCAGUGAGCCUAGUGGCUACACCAAAGCAAAGAUGCCAUAACUUCACUGUCUAGUGAUAGAUUGUAACCUAUGAUCUUGCUGUGCCUUGGUCCUUGGUUAAUAGAUCUCAGAAGCCAGCAUUACAAAUCGUGGCUUUUGCUGCUGAAAUUAAUAUGAGGGUUGUGAUUAGAGGAGUGGUUUGAGAAAGAGCAGCAUUCCAGGCCACAUAAUUUAGGAACCAAGGUUAACUUGACUGGUUGUGCAAUGUUGAUGGCUAGCUUUGUGUGGUGUGAUCUUCUGUGUGGACCUGUUCUUUUUUCCACGCUGCGAAGAGGGAAGUUAAAUGUAGGAGUCCAUUGAGUGAGCUUUGCUUUUAUAAAGCUAACAGGAAGUAAUGCAUCAGUUCCUUCUUAAUGUAGACUGGUUGGAUAGUUUGGUGCCGUAGCAUUUUUUUGCAUGAAGGUAGGUGAUUUCAGUUGGAUUUUAAUAAUUUCACAGUCUUAAAAUAUUUUUUGUUAAUUGUUAGGUGUGAACAGAGCUAGAAACACUGCUGCAGUCUGAUAUGUUUCAUUUGCAUCACAAAUAUUGUGUCUUACUGAGUUGAACCCUGGCUUUUGGAAGCUUUGAUGGCGUCUCAUUCACUGUAUGAUGGAGUAGCACCUGUAUUGAAUUAUUUAGCUGCUUCAGCCCCUUGUCUCAGCAGUUUACAUAACUUCAGUUUUUUUCUGCUUCACAAAUAAGAACCAUUUGUGUAACACUACUGUAACUAGGAAGAGACGUGCAUUGUAUGGUCAUUAAGUAGAAUUUGGCUUUUUCAGAAGAUACACAUGAAAGACUGUAAAAGCAUUUAUGUCCAGAUGUGGAAACAACUUUUAAAAAGGACUCAGUGUGUGCAUGUUGUUCCACUUCUUGGUCAGAAAUUUUGCUUUUAAAUAUAAAGAGGAAUUCUGACAAUUUACACAUUCUGCUUCAUAUGAAAAAGUAAAUAUAUGAAUAUGGUAUUUUGUGAAUGAUCUUUUAAAUAAAAAAAUAAUAAAUUGUGUUAUUCAUUAGUGUG